CUCUAUAUAGGGAAUAGUGUAAUUUCGUACGCAACCCGGAUCACCCUGGAACACACUCGGGACAAAGUCAAACCACAGGCUGUAGCUAUAUUAGAGGGUGGUUCUGUGGCUCCGAUAAGGUUCCAGUUUCCACCAUGUGUGUUGUGUACUACUACGGUGUGGCUCUCCUGGCUCUGCUGGCAGUGAGCAGGGUGACCGCGGCACCGAUGACUGAGCCACCGACUGAGGAGGACUGUGGUAAAAUGGUCAAACCACUCCCUGCCGACAAGCUCAACACGGUCUUUGGUGAAUGGAUUCUCAUCGAAGCGUUUUCAGAUGAUGAAGGUUAUGCCGAAAAACUGAAAAUGGGAAAAAGUUCCAAGGUGGAACUACGAGCAACAUCAAGCGACAAGAGUGUGCUUUUCAAACAGGGAAACAUGAUUGAUGACACCUGUGUUAAUUACUCCAUAAUGAAUAUGUCCAUUGUAGAGAACACCAUACAGCAGUUAAAGGAUAAUGGAAUUUCCAAGGCACACUUCCUGCAAGCCUGCCCUGACUGUCUCGUCAUGCACUUCAGUAACACCAUUACCGUAGCAGGAGUGCCCAUCCGAAUGGUCCGAUCUUUCUAUAUCUUUGGAAAGACUGGCAAACUGCAUGAAUCAGAGCUGGAGCCAAUCAGAAAACAAGCCGAGUGCCUCAAGUUCCCUCAACCUGCACAGUUCAUCUAUGAUGGCGUUGCAGAGUUUUGCCCUGAGACAAAGAAGAAUGAGACCAAAUAAAACUAAGAGCUGGAAUAUGGAAAACUGGAGCUAUAAUCAUGUUCACAGGAGAUAUUGUUAGGAGAGACAAAACUGACUGAAAUAGUUUUAGUUUUAAUUUUUUACUAUUAAUGGUGAAAUCUGCGCUGUUAUGGGUUGUGUCUCACUCAGACUCAAACAUUGGUAUAACUGUCUGUCACUCAUUUGACACAAGAUCUAGCAGAAAAUCA